AGAAAUAAAAGCUGCUGCUUGGUGCUGAGGUCUUCACACUUAACAUUUCUUGCUUUGUAUAAGCAGUUAAGCACAGCCAGUCGCUAUGGAGCCCAACAUCAUCAGAGAGGGAUAUCUGGUAAAAAAGGGUACUGUGCUGAAUUCAUGGAAAGUGGUGUGGGUGGUGUUAGCAGAUGAUGGAAUAGAGUUUUACAAGAAGAAGACGGAUAGCAAUCCAAAGGGCAUGAUUCCAUUAAAAGCAGCUGUGUUGACCAACUCAUGUCAGGACUUCAGCAAAAGAACGUUAGUGUUCAAGGUGACCACCGAAAAGAAGCAGGACCACUUUUUCCAAGCAACCCACCUAGAGGAGAGAGAGGCAUGGGUUAAAGACAUCAAGCGAACUAUCCAGUGUCUGCAGGACGGAAAGAGGUUUGCCAGGAAAUCUACCAGGAGGUCAAUUAAAUUGCCUGAAACAGUUAACCUGAGUGAGCUGUACAUUCUGAUGAAAGACCAAGACACAGGAGUUAGAGAAAUGAAAUUGGAAAAAGAUAAGAAGCUUUUCAACCACUGCUUCACUGGUGACACAGUGACUGACUGGCUGAUCUCUCAGGGGAAGGUGAGGAACCGGUCUGAGGGGGUAUUGCUGGCCACAGGGCUCUUGACUGAGGGCUAUCUGCAGCCAGCUGGAGAUCUGUCCAAAGCAGCUGUGGAAAGCAACACGGAGUCUGCAUUCCUGGACCAGCCGGAUGCUGUGUAUUACUUUGCAGAAAGUGGCUUCUUCUGUGAAGGCUACUCGAGUGAUGAAGAUGUGCUUGUAAAGGAGGAGUUCAGAGGAGCCAUAGUAAAGCAGGGCUGUCUGAUGAAACAGGGCCACAGGAGAAAAAACUGGAAAGUGAGAAAAUUUAUCCUGAGGGAUGAUCCUGCAUACAUCCACUACUAUGAUCCCACCAAGGGCGAAGAGGAUCCUCUUGGCUCAAUUCACCUGCGUGGAUCUGUUGUGACUGCGGUGGAUUUUGUACCAGAUGCUAAGAGGCAUGACAUCGAGGGCAACUUGUUUGAGAUCAUCACUUCAGAUGAGAUACACUACUACCUACAGGCAGCUACAGCUGAAGAACGCAACGAUUGGAUCAGAGCAGUUCAACUAGUAUCAAAGUCUGGAAAAUAACUGUGAAAGUCUACUUCAGACCAGAUGUAAUCUGACAAAAAAAAGACUCUUGUUAUUUUUUGAAAUGUACACACAUUGUUAUUUUAGGUCCUACACAUCACAAAAAUGGCUAAGUUUCACUUUAUACACCACAAAUUCCUACUGAAACCUCAAAAUAGAUUAAGAGACAGAAAGGAUAUAGAGCAUGUUUAUCUUGGUCUUUGAAUACUAUUUCUGUCAAUGAUAGCCUAGGGGAAAAAGUCUACAAGUGGAAACUGUUGACAUCUUUGCAGUCCAGCCACUUCCUGUUUCUGUUACUAAAUGCAUCAUUUCCUAUCUGUUAAUAAUCAUACCACAUUGUGGUUACCCUCAUGUAUUUUGCCUUAACUUAUCACUUAUUAAGCACAUAAACCAGCUCCAUUUAUGGCAUUCUAAUGGAGGAGUGCACAUUCAGUACAAUAGUCCAACUCCAAAUUUGAAUCUAUAGACCUCAGAUCAAGAGCUUUAGUUAAUGUUCACAUUAAACAUCAGAAUGGAGGGAAAAAUUGUGAUCUUAGUGACUUUGAUCGGGGCAUGGCUGUUGGUAGCCAUAUAGACUGAUUUGAGUAUUUAAGAAACUGGUGAUCUCCUUGGAUUCUCACAAAGAAAAGUCUCUAGAGUACACAGAGAAUGGUGUUAGGGGGAAAAAAAACCCAGUAGGCUAAUGCCACUUUUCCACUACAAACGCGGCUGAGUCGGGCUGAGCCGUGCCGAGCUGAGUUGGGCUGAGUCAGGCUGAGCGGGGCUGUUGGAGUUGCAUUUUGACUACAACCGCGCUGAACCGUGCUGGCUGGAAGUGGGUGGACACAUUGGGUGGAGUUACCGAAAGUGGGUGGACGUCAGGUGAUGUCGUUAAGCAGCGCAAACAGUGACAUCAGUGAGCUUUUAAGCGGUAGUCUCACGACCCGAAUAGUAAACAAUAAACAUGGAGGACAUGGAGUCGUUAGUGUUGCUGGUCUUGGUGCUGUGGCUUGUUGUCACCGACAACGCGGACAGAUACUGGCAAGAGCGUAUAGAUGAGGCGAGGCGCAUAAGGCUUCAUAAUUCUCGUAAUUCUUCUCCUUCCGGGUUUGCGGUGUUUACAGAUCCCAGCGCGCUCGCGGGGCGUGUGUGGGCAUGUGAGGACACUCCUCCUCACCAAUCAGUGCACAGGGGAGUGUCUGCUCACGCCCCCAACCUCACUCGGCUCGCUUUGGCUCGCUUCAGCCCCACUCCAAAACGGUGCGAGUUUUAGGGGCUAAGCAGGGCUGAAGCGAGCUGAGUCGUGCUGGUUUUUGGUAGUCGAAACGCGAGCCGUGUCGGGCUGAAGUGAGCUGAAGCGAGCUGAAAAAGGGUAGUGGAAAAGGGCCAUAAGUGGUGGUUCUGUAGGCAGAAACACCUCAAUAACUCAAAAAUAAUACCAAUAAAUAGGCAAAAUAUUAGUAUAUACAUUUAAAUAAAGAGACUAAUAUUUGAAUAAUUUUGAAUGGUUUGAACAGAAACAACGGAUCUGUGUUCUGGGGGUCUGUGUAGUGUAUUUUUCAGUUUAAAAGUGUCUCUGGCUGCAAAACAUUCAAGAACCUCUGUAUUGGAGCCAACAUUGGUAGCUUGGUCUGUGUGCAAUUGGAAAUGAAGUGUUUAAUUCAGAAGAAGAA